GGAAGAGGCGAGAACAAGGAAGUGAACUCAAGUUGAUAAUACUGAACACUUAGACUUAGUAGUAACCGGGUAAGAAUAUUUGGUAUAAAUGUUGCUAAUAAAAGAUUUCAUGAACGAAAUAAAACUCGACUUUUUGCGUAACAGGAAUUAAUUUAAGAAUGACAUUCCUCUUUGAAUAUUUAAGAAUUUUAAUGGAAUAUUUUAUUGUUUUAAAAACUACCCUGACUAUACUAGACAACUAGGACUACUACUACUAGGCCUAGGGAAGUUUAUUAUUAUUAUUUUUUGAAGAAAGUGUUAUUAGGGUACCGUUAUUACUGUUAAAAGUGUUUAGGUUAGCGUUAGUGUUUAAGUUUAAUAAUACUCCAAACCUUACAGCUAAUUUAGUAACAGUAAUUUAAGCAUAAUUUAGGCUCAAUUCAAACUCAGCCAGUUCAUUUCAUAUUUUGAUCUAGGACCCCCUCCCAAGCCCAAUAAAAGUAUUUAUUGAUUGUUUGGAUAUUUAUAUAGUGCUGGUGUCCAUGCUACUUUAGGAUGCUCUCUGGUCUUCUUAAAUUUAAUGUUUCUUAAAUGAUUUUUUAUCAUUUUCAAUUCUCCUCAAAGAUUGAGGCAAACUGUUCCAUAAUUUUGGCGCUUCAAAAGAGCGCACUCCGUAAGACAUUUUUCUGUGUUCUGAACACAGAAAAAUGUCUUACGGAGUGCGCUCUUUCAGUGCGUGUGAAUUUUAAGUAAGAACUGUGUUGAACGCCGCAGGUUCUUUGAGGAUACAUGUUUAUAAAUCAGUUCUUUAAUAUAUUCCGAUGCAGAGCCUUCUAUGCAGCUGUACUCAAAAAAAAUUAUUAUUUUAAAGAACAUUCAAUAAUUUAUUGAAAAAAGAAAGUGAAAAAUGAAAGCAUUUUUAAUUGUAAAAAAAACAUUCAGAAUUUUCAAAAAUCAUGUAAGUGUAAUUGCUUUUUAUUUUUGAAAAACAUUUUAGACAAUAGCUUAGAACUCUAACCUAACCUGAAUGCUUAAUGUCCUGAGUGUAAAAAUGAGUAUCCCUAAUUCAAGUGUUAUCUUCAAACCAAAAUUUAGUAUCCCCUAUCUUGAGUGUAAAUCUUCAAACCUAAAAAUCUAAGACCUAACGUGAACCCUAAAAACCAUGUGUUCUUGUGUUACAGUUACAUACUGUAGUGAGAAAAUUGUAAGUUUUAAUAAAAAGGUUACAACAUUUUUUUUUAGUUUUCAAAAUAAUGAAAGCCCAACUUACUUUUUCACUGAACACACUUUUACAUACUUUAUUUCAGUUCCACAAAAAAUAGAAUCCAAAAUAUCAUAGAUUUUAAGUAUUAUAUAAUUAAUCAUGCUUUGAAACAUUAAUUAAAAAAAAAAAGCCAUAAAUAAAAUUUUAUCAGGAUAUUAAUAUAAAAAUAGUUAACUCUUUUUAUAUUUUUGUCUAAGAAAAGUAUGUUAAAAUGUACCAUAAAAUGGUAACAUGAUUGAAAUGAAUGGUAUACUUCCUUUUCAACCAACCAUGCCCAUGGGCACAACUUUUUUUUUCUUUUACUGGUGAUCAUUUGAAAAAUUUCUUUUGAACCUUGUAACUUUAAAUUUAAGAGGAAUUUUAUUUAUAAAAAGAAAUGUAACAUUUUAUUUGAAUAUUUUAUAUAAACUUUAUAGAUUGUCAUAUUAUUGUAAUGAAUGAAUAAUACUUUGUGAAAGAUAGAUUGUCAUAUUAUUGUAAUGGUAUGAAUAAUGCUUUGUGAAAGAUGGGGAAUUUAAACACAUUGUUUGGGCCCAAUUAUUCACCUUAUGUUGGUAGUUGAGAUUCCUGAAAGUGAGAUGAUUCUUUUUUAAAACCCAUCUUGCUAUUAAACAUGUAAAUUAGUAGGCCUAGUCUAAUUUAAAGUUCAAGCCCUCUAUAAGUUCAUUAACUAUUGCUAAAAGAAUUGAGUAGGAGUCUGUAAAGUAUGCCUUGAGUUAAAGCUAUUUAUUUUUAUCAUAAGGCCUUUAUCAUUUAUGAAUGAUGUUAAAUCUCUUAUAUCUUAUUAAAUUAUGGUGAAGUGUCUUAAAAAUUUAAUUUGUUUUUAACUUAGGCUGAUUUUAAAAUAUAUUUAAAAUUAUUCAAAUCAAAAUGUGAAAAGGAACUUUUCUAAGUACUAUAAAGAAACAAUUAAAUUUUGAGUUCCAAGUACCAUUACUUAUAAAUUAAAGUGAAGCAGAUCCAGUGACCAAAUCAUUUUCAUUGAGCUAAUUUUAUUAGGCGUUGUGCUAAAAAAAAAAAAUUUAAAUAAUCAUUGGUCAACUUUUGAUUAGCAAGAAAUAUCACAUUUUUUAAACUUAUGUUGGUUGAUUAAAAUCUUGCCUAUAGUUAAGGAGACUAGUGGGUAACAUUUUAAAAAAGAAUUUGUCGUAAAAUAUCAGUUAAUAAAUACAUUCUUUUAUUAUUUAAAAACUUCAGUGUGUUUAAAUUAAGUGAUGUGUCUUAUUUAUGUAAAUGCAAAAUAAACCAUGUAACCAAUAUUUGAAGAAAUUUUUUUAUAUAAUAUUAAUAGUAGCAAAAAAAAAUCAAAGUGUUCAACCAUGUUUCAUUUAUUUAAAUAUUAAGUAGAUAAAUUCUUUCUGUGAACAAGAAGUGUGGAUUAAGCAUGAUUACAAAGACAAGCAACAAAUAAAAUAGAUGUCACUCUUAAAAUCUACUCAAACUAACAAGUUGAGUUACUUGUAAUUUUCAUAGCUUUUUAAGAUCUCUGUACAACUGUUUUUUUUUUUUUUUUUUAUUGUAUUCUCUACACAAAACACCAGUCAUAUAUCAAACUAUUUUCUACUACAUACUCUUCAGUUUCCUGACAUGUCAUUUGAGUUUUCAGCAAAAUAAUUUUAAUUUCAAACUAACAAGUUGAGUUACUUGUAAUUUUCAUAGCUUUUUAAGAUCUCUGUACAACUGUUUUUUUUUUUUUUUAUUGUAUUCUCUCCACAAAACACCAGUCAUAUAUCAAACUAUUUUCUACUACAUACUCUUCAGUUUCCUGACAUGUCAUUUGAGUUGUCAGCAAAAUAAUUUUAAUUCAUUUCUAAAACAUCAAGUAAGAUUUCCAACAUGUGGAAAGCUAGUGCAGGUAGAGAUGUGAAAGCCAAAGCUCCACCAGCAACAAGCCAAGGAGAUGAUGAGUGGGAGACUGAUCCUGACUUUGUUGUGAGAAUCUCUUUUUUUUUUUUUAAAUAAUAGAAUUAAAUAAAGAAAAUUGUUUUAGUUUUCCCUUAAUUCAUCAGUAAAAAAUUAACUAUUGUUUUUAUUGAAUCACUGGGCCAUAUACAUUUGAUGCACUGCAGUGUAGUAUUUAAACACAGAACAUUGCAAUUCAGCACUUCCAAAGUUAAAAUAUAAAAUUUUAAAAAAUCCAAGUUCUGUAUUUGUUUAAAAGCAGUUUUUCUUUCUUAAUAGAAUGAUGUAUCAGAACAAGAGCAGAGAUGGGGUUCAAAAACAGUGGAAGGCUCUGGUCAUCAAGCUUCCUUAAAGUGUGUGAAAUCAAUUUCUUUAUUUAUUAUACUUUUAUGUUAUUUAUAUCUCUUUCAUAUGUCAUAAUAAGAAAGUGAUGAGACUGGCUUUUAUAUAAUUAAUUUAUUAGCACAAAUGUUAACUUUUUUUUAAAUUUAUGCUUGUAUGAAGCAAUUAAGCUAUGGUUUAUUUUAUAUGUUAAUAACUUAAAGCUUUUUUUUUCCCAACCAAACAUCGUUUUUUUAAAAUACAUUUGAAUCAUAUAUGGAAUUUUUUUCGAAAGAAAUUUGUUAGACGGAAAAUUGUUUGGAUAGAAUAUUGAUCUAAAUGAAAUUGUUAAACAAAGAUUUAUUUCUGCUUAAAAUAAUUGUAUGUGCAAGGGAGAGAUGGGGAAAAUUUAAACUUUUAGAUAAAAAAUAAAACUCCCAUUACGUUAUUUCAUUUUGAACAAAAUUCACUUCGAACAAAUUUCUUUGUAAACAAAUUUCUAAGCAUAUCAAAUUUUUAAAAGUAGUUUGUGAGAAGGGAGACAAUAAGUAAUUUUAGUCCUUUUCAUGACUUGACAAACUUUACCUGGCUCUUAAAAAAUAUUUUUUUAAUGAUUUAUAUCAUUUUGUUACAAGAACAAAAUAAUAACAGCUCUUUUUAUCAGGUUUUCAAACUUUGUUUUUGCGCAAUUGGCAAUAUUUUCUACACUAUUCUGUAGUCUUAAGCAGCUCAGGGAACAAGUAUCAGUUGAUGACAAGGAAAACAAAUUAAAAGAAUUUGAACAGGGACCCAAAGCUUCUGAAGGCUAUGGCGGAAAAUUUGGUGUACAGAAGGAUCGCAUGGACAAGGUGAGUCAAUUUAGGUUUAAGCAUUUUAAAAUUUAUUUAAGUAAUAUUUGAAUUAUUGUCAAUUUAAAUAAUUGAACAACCUAAUGAACAAUGAUAACUAAUUUGGAUGAUUUCAAAUUGUAUAAAUUUGCAUUUCACAGGACAUUCAAAGUUAGAAAUGUUUUCUUUAUUAACUUUUUAACUUGUGCCAUUAACCUAAUAAAUUAAUGUCUUCCAGUCAGCAGUGGGCCAUGAUUAUCAUGAGGAUCUUGCGACUCAUGCCAGCCAAACAGAUGUUAAGAAAGGAUUUGGUGGAAAGUUUGGAGUCCAGUCCGACAGAGUUGAUAAGGUCAUUUAAAAAAAAAAAAUUUAUCUGUUAAAUUGAUGCUAAAAUUAUUUCCAUCAACAGUUCAGCAAAUGCGAUCCUAAUUUACAAAGACUGAGUAAUGAACUUUGAAUAAACUACCAUCUGUUACUUUUAACAAAUGUAUUAUUGAAUUCAUAUUGAUAUGAUGUAAUGCAUUAAAUUUUAUGCAUUAAAUUUGCUUCCCAUUUGCUAUUAUUUAUUAUUUAAUAAUUAGUCUUAAAAUUUCCCUUUGUAGUCAGCUGUUGGUUAUGACUACCAAGGCAAGGUAGACAAACAUGAGUCUCAAAAAGGUGGGUUCUUUUUUUUAAAACAAAAUCAGAUUUGAACAAUUAUUUCAACUCUUUAAAUCCAAAUAGAUCUCUUCCUGUCAAGUUGCACGCCUAUUAAAUUUACACAUAGAAAUGCUUUAAAAUGUAAAAAUUACUUUGGCGUGUAUUUGAAUUUAUGUGGUGUAGCUUUUAGAUGACAUGCUGGAUUUGAAAAUAUGUCAUCCCCCAUGUACCUACUGUAUUUUUUUUACUUACUGUAUUUAAAAUAUUUUUCACAUCUAAUUUAAAUAAGUCUGAGACCAAAGAAAGCUGUGGAAAUCUUGAAACAAUCAGAGCAGGAAUGUAGCAGCUUGAAUAGCUUCAUGACAUUUAAUAUUAAAGUUUUGUCUGAAUUCCUUGCUAUGCAAAAGCAAACAAAAAAUUUGAGGAGAUGUACUUAAAGAAUUUAUUUUGCAGAACUUCCCAUUCAUCUUGGGAUUGUUUAUCUGUACAUCUUCAACUCUGACAACAAUGAAAUGAAAGUAAACUGUUGUUGAAAUAUUAAUGAGACAUCUUCAUAUGUUAUGCUAGAACUAAUUCAGUACAAGUUGAGGAGUGAAUUUUUAUGUUGUUUGAUACUUUCCAGAUUACAGCAAAGGUUUUGGUGGUAAAUUUGGGGUGCAAACAGACCGAGUGGAUAAAUCAGCUGUUGGCUAUGAACACAAAGAAAAUGUCCCUAAACACGAAUCCCAAACAGGUAGGCGCAUGUCUGUUCUCCCUUUAAACUACUUUCCUUCUAAGAGAUGACCUGGACAAAUGUGAAGCACAGGAACUGUGCAGAAAAUUUGUAUUCACCAAAGAUAUUUUCUCACCAACAAUUUCUCACAGUCACCCUUCUUAUGACCUUGAGUCACAUCUUUUCCAUUACAAGCUGAUUCACAGUUUUUAGCUUUAUCUAUCAUUUCAGGUAACCUUUAUUCUAAUAUGUGUUUAUUUUUAUACAUAUUUAUAUAUCUAUACACAUCUAUGCAUGUCAUUUGACCCUUUUGCAUGAUGUUGAGGUAAUGGACCAUAAUUUUACGUCUUAAAUUAUUUUUAACGCCACCCAAACCAGGUUACAUUAAAUAUGUGACAUUAGUAAAGAUUCAAAAAAAUGACAAAAGUAAAGAUUCAGUGUUGGAAUAUUCAGUUUCUGUUUCCUAAAAAAUGUAACAUUAUCCACAUUGCACUCCUACAGGAUGUAAAAAAAAAAAAAAAAAAAGUAGGGCUUUUUAAAUUUUGUGAAUAAGUUUUCUGGGUGCCCGUUUCAUCUAGAAUUCUUUUCACCUUCUGUUUAUAUUGCCUACAAAAUUAGCAUUAACACUCCUCAGUGUCAUGAAAAGAGAAUACCUCUUGUGGUCUGAAAAGUUUAAAUUUUAUCCCAAACAACAUUGAGUGCUCUGGAUCAUAAGUGAAAUCACAAAAUGGUAUAUCAACUAUUUUAAAAGAUAUCUGCCAGAGAACCUCUAAAUUAUUCCUAAUUUUCUUUCUGCCUGCAUGGUUUAGUCAGUAAAGCAAAUUAGUACUUACUGGCAGAUCCUUCACUUGACAUAUAUGACUACAGCCUACCUAUUACCCUCUGCCACGGAAAAUUUGUUUCCCACUCAUUUUUCAUUAUUAAUCAAAAUUUGGAUUGGAGCAGCAGAUUACCUGUGAAAAUUUUGACCUGCUGGGCGCCGCAUGACAAUUUUGACCUGCUGGGCGCCGCAUUGGUGUGCCCAACUUUAGAUCAAGAUUCCCCUCUUGUCGUUAUUCUUUACAGAUUAUUCUCAGGGCUUCGGUGGAAAGUUCGGUGUCCAAAAGGAUAGAGUUGAUAAGUCUGCUGUUGGGUGGGACUAUGAAGGAAAGACAGAAAAACAUGCCUCACAGAAAGGUUUGACUUGCUAAAUGUUAAGGUGUUGUUGUGAUUUAAUAUUCUGAGCACACCUUAUAGUAUUUCAAUCUUGCUUUUAGCUGGCAUCUGGUUUUGAUCAAAUCCUAUUGUUUCUUUGUAUGCCUUUUUAAGUUUAUUUUUUUUGCAUUUGUGUUUGACCAGCUUUGGCAUGUUUUCAAAUUAUGACAUGUAGUGUUUAAAUGAAUAUGGAGAUAUAUUUUCUUACUAUUGGUCUGGAUGAUAUUUUCACUAAAAUAUCUAGAAAAUUCAGCUAAAUACAUUUCUAAAUAUUUGGUAGAGUGAGAAAAAAUGUAUAAAUAAUAUGCUAUCGCAUGUCUUAAUUUUUAUAAUUUUCAUAUUAAUUUGCAUCAUAAAUUAAACAAUUUUUGUGACUGUAACUAGCUAUUUUUGCUUUUAAGAGUGUAAUAUAAUAAUGGCUAAAAACACCUUUGCAGAGCAAACAUCCAGUUAUCAUUAGUAAAAUUCUCCAGUGAAAAGUUAUUAUAGAUUUAAUGUCACCAUUUGUUAAUUUACUCAUAGAAAAUAAAAAAGUUAUUAAGUUUUAUAGAUUUAUUUUUAAAUUUACAUUGUAUAAAGGAUAACAGAGAAAAUAAAAAUAAGGAAUUUAUUUCCAUUAAGUAAGAACAUUUUAGGCUAAUGUUUAAUGACAUGGAUAUUUGAUUAUUUAUUUCAUUUCCACUCACUUGACACACAAAAUUAAUUUAGAUAUAAAAUUUAGUUUUAAAUUUGAUGGUUAAUUCUUUAAUCUCUAAUUUAUGUUUAUUUGCUUGAUUUGUCUGUUCCCAUAUAUAUUUGAAUACAUUGAGUUCUAUUUCAAGUAUUUCAUUUCAUUAUUUAAAUUUAAUACUACAUUUUGAGUUCUUGAUUUUUCUAGAUCAUUUCUUAUUUGAAGUACUUGUUAAUGCAAAUUUUAAAUAUAUUUAUUUCUUGAAGUGACUAAAAAAAUUAAAAAUUAACCCACCAAUAAUCAUAACAACUUAGUAGAAUUCAAAGAUACUCCUGUUGAAAGUACCUACCAUUCCUCCAUCCCUAAUAUUCCCCAUUGUAUCCACCCCUGCACAGAUUUCAGUCAGGGUUUUGGUGGCAAGUUUGGAGUCCAGACAGACAGGCAAGACAAAUCGGCCAUGGGGUACGACUAUCAAGAGAAACUCCAGGUUCAUGAGUCUCAAAAAGGUUCAUCAACUUUAAUGGCUGUUGUUUUAAAUUCAUUUUCAAUGCAAUCACACUCACAGAAAUGUAUCCUGCAUAUCAUCCUCUUUACACAAUUAAAGGCUCCAAGAUUUUUCAGAAGUAAUAGAAAUUGCUUGAGUGAAACAAAAAAUGCAUUCACGUUUUUUAAUCUUGAGCCCCAUAUUCUUAACAAAAAGCGAUAAGAGGAUUAUUCAUAAUGUAAUAAAAAAAAUAUAACUAAAACAUUUCAAUAAAGCAGCUAAAUGGAUGAUCUGUUGGGUACCUUGCAUUCACUUAUAAACCUCUAUUUUCCCAACCUGACCGCACCCCAAUGCCUUUUACCACCAGACUUCAGUCAAGGUUUUGGUGGGAAAUUCGGUGUUCAAUCCGACAGACAAGACAAGUCGGCGGUGGGAUAUGACUACCAGGAAAAGCUUCAACUUCAUGAGUCUCAGAAAGGUUCCCAACUUGCAAUCCCUUUAUAAUUAAAUUUCUACAGCAAACUCGUGUAGAUUUGUGUUGUUCCCCCCCUCCAUAUCAAACCUCCUGUCUCGCCCCCCUUCUAUUUUCUCUAUUUGAAUAUGUCCAAAUGUUCAUCAACAACUUCAUGUCAUCUUUGAUAACCUCAAACAUGUUUUGUGCUUUUACAAUAAUAGAAUUGAUAUUCUUUAAUUUGUGUUGAAGUGAAGUGGAAUAAAUUGUUUUUAAAAGUGUCAAUCCUUUGAACAUCAUCAAAACUUGAUGUUGGAAAAUAUAAAGUAUUCUUUACUUUUCAAGCUCAAUACUAACUCAUGGCUUAGCACCUUGUGUCUUGGUUUGCUGUUGAGAAUAAUUUAACACUCAUGCAUUUUGACACCCACCCACCCACUAGAUUUCAGCAAAGGCUUUGGGGGAAAAUUUGGGGUACAGACUGACCAUAUGGAUAAAUCUGCAGUAGGCUAUGACCAUAAAGAGACGGUGGAAAAGCAUGAAUCCCAGAAAGGUUUGUGGUCUGUGUGUCAGUUCGAAAUGUUCAGUCAUUGUUAUCAACAUGCUAUCAGCUAACUACUAAUUUAAAGUAUAAGAUAAGAUUCUUUUAUUGUUCCCAACAAAUGGAAAUGUUUUAUGAUUGCAUUGUACAUUUUCAGCACAUAAAUAAAACAAUUUGAACACAAGACAUUUAUAAUUUUAAAAAAAAGCAGCCAUUCAGUGAGUUCUCUUAGCCAUAUCAGGGAUUUAUUAUUUCUCAUUAAGAUUUGUGACUUCAGGGGUGCACGCUGGUAAAUCCGUACAGAUUGGGGAACAAAAGAAUUUUUAUAUCUUUCAGACCUUGUCCUGACAUAAAAAAAAUGUCCUUUUCAGAAACCUUUAAUAAUGAAAAUUUACAGAGAUAUUGGCAAAAACUUAUUUUUUUAAAAAUCCAUUUGUUUCCCUUUUAAAAGAAUAAUUUGUUAGUCCUUAAAAAUAAAUACCAAUUCUGCAAUAUUGUAAAUUUCGAAACAUUUUGCAGUCUUUCAACUGAAUUCAUAUUUAAAUUGAAAACAUUUGUCUGCACAGAUUACAACAAGGGCUUUGGGGGCAAGUUUGGGGUGCAAUCAGAUAGACAAGAUAAGGUAAGUAUCUUCUUUUUUCCCCCUCCCUAACAGUAGAUAAAUCCUAUGGAUUUUUAAAAAAUUUAACUGUGCAUCUGUUUUACUUCUGAGAGAAUAUGAUUUUAUGCAUGUCCUGGUGCUGACUGGAGAUUUUUAAUGGAAUUAACUUAUCCUCUUUGGAAUGUGUAAAAUAAUAAAAUUUGAGAGCCUUUUGUUUUCUAAUAUGAUGGAAAUAAUUUAUUUGUGGUGCCAGUCUGCAGGUUCAUUUGAAGACAUGGGAGGUGUGAAGUCUGGCUAUCAGAGACCUCAGGCUGACAAAAGUAAGUUGAUUCUGUGGCAAAAGCUUGGACAUGUCAAAAGAUAAGUGUUGACCUCUCAAAAGACAAGUGAUUUUUCAACUUUUUAUUUGUGUAGCAAAUACUUCAGUUUUCAACAUGUUUUUUAUUUUAAUUAUAAAAUCCUGACUUCUCACUCAAAUAGGGAAAAAUUGUUUAUAUUUUUCAUUUGUUUUUCUUGUUUGUUUGUUUUCUUUGCAGGCACUGAAGGAGCAAAGAAUUUGAAAGCAAGAUUUGAACAAAUUGCCAAAUCUGGGGAUGAGGAAGCUAAGAAAAAAACCCAGGAAGAGAGAGAGAGAAGAGAAGCAAGAGAAAAGAAAGAAAAAGAAGAACAAGAAAAACAAAGACAAGUAAGUUUGUAGAAACAUAAAAAAUGUUUUUCUUUUCAAUACUAAUUAAUUAAAAUAUCACAUGAUUGCAGAAGACUAGAAUAUGUCAAUGCCAAAAAUUUUGUAAUAAAAUAAUAUUUCAGCUAAUUAAAGAGUUUACUGCAAAAGCACUCAAGAACUAUUGUCUCUUCAUUUAUUUUUAACACUUUAAAAGAAAUAAUUUAGAAAAGUAGAAUGAACGAAAAUUUUUGUUAUAUCAUAUUUUAUACAUGUGUCUGAAAAAUCUUCUUGAUAUUGAACUUAUUGUAUGAUAUGUAUCCCUUCCUUGACAAGUGUUCAUUCAUUCAUUUUAUAAAUGUUUAUUUUUUCUCUUUAUUUUUGUUUUAUUUUGGUUGCAAAGGCCAGGCUAGACAAAGAAAGGUGGGAGAGUGAAAAGAAGCAAGCUGAGCCUGAACCAAGUGCGUAUGACCAGGGGGAAACAGAACCAGCUGAAUACAGCCAGGGGGAAUCGGAGCCAGCUGAAUAUAACCAAGGGGAAUCUGAGCCGAGUGUGUACAACCAGGCAGAAGAACAGGACACAUACAAUGAGCCUGUGCCAGAGUCUCCGAGGUUUCAGCCCCCAGAAUCCCCCAAAUUCAGUCAACCAGAGCCUGAUGUGUACGAUGACCACACGGAGGACGACCCGUAUAACCAACCUGCGCAAGAGCCUGACAGUACAAGUGAGCCCGAGCCUCAGAAACCAGCAGGUGGCGGUGGCGAUGGUUUGAGAGCUAUCGCUUUGUAUGAUUAUGCAGCAAGUAAGUUUUUAAUCCCCAGAAGGGGUCUAUACUCUAGCGCCAAUCUCUCAAACAAAAAAAAUCAUGGUUGUGUCCUUCAUUUAAGUGUAAUGUGAAAAUCACAUGUUAAAAGUGCUGUAAUUGUCAUAAGAAAUAUUAUUUAUUUGUUACCUAAAAUUUUAUUUCUUUUAAUGGUUGUGUUUGUGUGUAUAUUGUCUGGUUCCUUAUUUGGGUUUUUGAAUUAAUAUUCUAAAUAAAAUGGUAUGUAAUUUAAAAUAGCCAACUAUGUAUUUAUAAUGAUUUCUCUAGAUUACAACUUUGGACCCCUUAUCAAAUUAUAUAAUGCAUUAAUUUCUCCCUUCCCCAGCUGAUGAGGAUGAGCUAACAUUUGACCCAGAUGAGAUCAUUGAGGACAUUGAGAUGGUAAGUGCAAGGUCCAUUAUUGCCCAUGAUUAGCUGUUUUUUUUAAAUUUAGAUACAAUCUGCAUGAUACAAAAUGUGUUGUAAUUUUAAAUAAUAAUAUAUAAUGCUUUUACAAGUAUAUAAUUAUAAGAUUUAUCAUAUAAUUUGAGAUCAACUGUCAACAUUGUAUUUUUACAGGUUGACGAUGGUUGGUGGAGAGGUAAAUGCAGAGGAGCUGUUGGUCUAUUCCCCGCUAACUAUGUUGAAUUGUUGCAGAAAUAAAUAACUACAUGAAAUUCAUGGCAUGAAGAAAUGAAUGAGCAGUGAGACUCCCAUUUGAUCCUUUUAGAAAACAACGUUGUAUAUUUUACUGAGUGCUAGUGGCUCAAGUGUUUUGAUCAAAAUAGAAAAAACAUUAUUUUUUUCUAUUACAAGCUAUACAUUCAUUGUUGACAAGAGAAAAAACAAAUUGAAUGAGAGAUUUUUCUGUUCCAAUGCUUAAUCGGUUGCAUGUAUCACCAAAAUUACCAUACAAAAAAAUGAUAUAAUUGCUUAGAAUUUGCAUGGUGUUGUUAUGGCCUUUCAAGUGCCAAAAAGUGUUACCGGGGUACAUAAAGUUUGAUAAGUAAUUUUUAAUCUUGCUAGUUCAUUUUUGGUCUCAGAUUAGUCAACUUGUAUUGUUGUUUGGGCACUGAAAAUCUGGAAAUUAAAAUAAUUUUGAUUUGUUACUACAAAACACAAUUCAUGAAAUAAUGAUUUUAUAACAAUUUUAUUUUUUCUUAUAAUUAAAAUAUCAAAUUUUUUAACAUUCUAUAAAACAUUGUCUACGUGGCACGGCGUCACUUUACGUGCUUUUUUUUUAAAUGGGCAUGUGUUAAUAAACCUGAGGUGAUCAUAAUAUGCAGCUUUCAUUAGCAUGAGCUAUAUUUUAUUUAAUGUUACCAUACUUGAAUGCAUGGCCGAGUGUAAAAAAAAAUGUAAGAGCAUUUUAUAUACAUUUAUUUAUACACAUAUAUGCAUACAUACACUAAUUAGGGACCUCUGCCUGGAUAGGUGGUGAAUUAUUUUUUGUGACCUUUUGCAUUAAGAAAUGAAUUGGAAAAUACAUUUUUUUAGAUGUAUUUCCCAUUUGCUGAACAUCUGCCUAUGUUUCUAAAUCUUAACUGGGUCUCUUUUUAUUUGCUUUACAAAUGAUACUGCAGUUUUGUAAAUUGUUUCUAUAAUUUUUAAGACUCAAAACAAAGUUAUGUAUUUAUUGAGCUAAAUUAAAGGAAGUUGUCAACAUGAACAAAUAAAGUAAUAAUUGGUCACUUUAAAACGUGGAAUGAUUUUUUUUUAUUGCCUUAAAAUAUAAACAUAAAUUGAGAUGUGGCCUUCAUAAAGUAUUUAAAUGCCUUGUUAUUUCCAUCAGUAUUUUUUUUUCAGUUGAAUUUUCAAUAAUUUACUUACGAGGCUAAUAAAAAUCUGAUUCUAGUGAAAUAAUUAUUUUAAAGUGACUAUUGACUGAUUGUUGAUAGGGCAGUCAGUUUGUAUUCUUCAUGCUAUUUAAGUUUAAAUGUUUUGUUUUUUUUCCUUUUGCAAAAAAAAAAUCUGGUUGCUGACCACCUAUCUUUUACAAAUGAUAUAAUUUUGUUUUAAAUAUAUGAUGUAAUUUAAUAUAAAUUUUGUAUUAACCCCAACCCCCCCAAUCUGGUGCUUAUGUGCCCUUGAGAGAAGAUACAACAGUGAUGAGCCAAGUCUGAUUUCAACAUGAUUUGUACCUGGUAUUCUAUUAAAAAAAAAAAAGAAGCUUGGUGGAGUCAUUUCUCUUAACCAACAUUCCAACCACUAAUUAUUUUUUCUGUGUGCCUGAUUAAAAAGUAAAUAAGUUAUUUCAUGAUAAGAGAUCUGUGAAUAGUAGCAUACAUGUAGUCUUGAAAUUUGGAUGGAGCAGAAUUUACUACUCAGUUUAUUCUUGCAAUUUGCAUGCAUUAAGAAAAGUUUUGCAACUAAUGAAACGUAAAUUGGGCAAGCUGUUGCUUUUUCUGUCACAUCCAAAGUUGAAUAGUUUGCUACUAUUGUUAACUGAUCUCAAACUCAUAGUUUUCUGCAACAUUGAUUAUUCUGAUAGUUUUAAAAGGAAUCAAUUCCUAGUGGAAGUGCUUAUAUUAGUAUAUAAUGUGUAUGUACUUUAAAGAUAAGUAGUUCUGUCUGCAGAUAUUUUAUGGAUUAAAAAGCAUUAAUUUUGAACAUGUUACAUGACUGUAAUGAAUAAAUAAUAUAAAUGAAAUUGUUUUGAGCCUGAAGUUACUGUAUAGGUUUACUUAAUUAUUAAUAGGUUUACUUAAUUAUUAAUAUGCAUUUUUUUUAAAAAUAGUCAUUUUGAUUGUAAAUGACUGCUAGUACGAACUCUUUACAAAUAAAGGUCAAUUAAAUAUUAGUUUAAUGCAUAUCAUAGCAUUUACAGAAUGACUGCUUCAACUUCUUACAGCUGGGGGGAAAAAGGAAAAGAAACGUGUACCUAUUUUUACACAAAAUUUUAAUGUACACUUGGGAAUGGUCAAAAUCGAAUUCUUCGGGAAAAACAAUUAAUUGGAAUGGUAACCAUUUUAUUAAAAUUAAAAUUAGUAGCAAAAAAAAACCAAGAUCAAACAAUUUUUUUCCAAGGUUAACUGCCACACAUGAAUUUUGUGCAGUUUCAUUAUCAUCAUCAAGUCCCUUAUUCCUUGAACCAUUGGGGCGCCACAGAUGACAUGUGAACUAUCCUCCUCCAUUCGUCUCUAUUUUUUGUAAUUCUAUGCCGUGCCAUAGGAUAAGAAAGCAGAGCUCAGAUGUCCUAAAAUAUCUAUCUAGUAAAUCAACUUUUAAGAUCUCAUUGGGAUAAAGAUUUUGUUGUUGUGUGGUAGUUAAUGAGGAUCUUGCGACUCAUGCCAGCCAAACGGAUGUUAAGAAAGGAUUUGGUGGAAAGUUUGGAGUCCAGUCCGACAGAGUUAAUAAGGUCUGUUUUUUUAAUAAAUUUUAUCUGUUAAAUUGAUGCUAAAACCAUUUCCGUCAACAGUUCAGCAAAGCAAUCCUAAUUUACAGAGACUUAGUAAUGAACUUGGAAUAAACUACCAUCUGUUACUUUUAACAAACAUAUUAUUGAAUUCAUAUUUAUAUGAUGUAAUGCAUUAAAUGUUAUGCAUUAAAUGUGCUUCCC